AGUCAAGUCAUCAGCCAAUCACACAUUUCAUUUCAGACCCCCAGUCUAAUAACGACAAAAAUCCUUCAAAGUUAAAAGCCUUAGCCUUCUCUUUGUAAACAUUUCAAACACCCUUCUUUCCCUCUGCCUUUCCCUCCUCCCUAGUAUCCUUAUCCAUUUAUUUUAGCUUUAAUUAACUUAAUACAUUCCUCCUUUUUUUCUCUCCCAUUAACUUGAUUUCUUGUUUGGAUUAGAAGGAACUAAAUGGAAAGAAACACCAGUUCCAAGUCUGACCUUCCUCCUGGUUUCAGAUUCCACCCUACAGAUGAAGAAUUAAUCAUGUUUUACCUCAAAAACCAGGCCAAAUCAAAGCCAUGCCCUGUUUCAAUAAUCCCAGAAGUUGAUAUUUACAAAUUUGAUCCAUGGCAACUGCCUGACAAAGCAGAGUUCGGUGAAAAUGAAUGGUAUUUUUUCAGCCCUCGAGAUCGAAAGUACCCGAAUGGGGUUCGUCCGAAUAGGGCCACUGUUUCAGGGUACUGGAAGGCUACUGGUACGGAUAAAGCUAUACACAGUGGUUCUAAAUACGUUGGGGUGAAGAAAGCUCUUGUUUUCUACAAUGGCAGACCACCAAAGGGUGUCAAAACUAAUUGGAUUAUGCAUGAAUAUAGAUUAAGCGAUUCGCAUAAACAAAUCAAGAAACAUAAUGGAUCCAUGAGAUUGGAUGAUUGGGUACUGUGUAGGAUUUACAAGAAGAAGAAUUCAGCUGAGAAAAUUUUGGAUCACAAAGUUGAAGAAUCAAAUACCCAAAUUGAUAGGGUAGGGUAUUCAAAUGAUGAUAGUGAAAGUCAAGAAUUAUUGAAAUUCCCAAAAACAGGCUCAUAUUCUCGUUUGUUGGAGUUGGAUUACAUGGGUCCAGUUUCCCAUCUUUUAAAUGAAAAUACAUACAUUUCGAGCUUUGAUUUCCCUAACACCAUAGCUAAUAUAGGAAUUGAAGAUGUUGAGAAGCUACAGCUUGGGGACAUACCUUACAAUUACAGUACUGAGUCAGGGAAUUUUCAAGUGAAUCAGAAUGGGAUCUUAAUGAAUCCCAUGGUUUAUCAAUUUCAGUAAUAUUGGUUCAUUACAUUAGUUUUUCACCUUCGCCAAAUAUUGGAUUGUCUAUAAAUGUAAAAAAAUGGAUCACCUUUAUCCGUUCAAAAAAAUUGUGAAAAAACUACUGUUUCAUGAUACAUUAUACAUUUAGAUGGUUUUAACUUCUUUUAUUUGCAUCCAUCUCUUUCAAGAACUAUAAAUAUGAAGGCUUUAAUUUCGCAAAAGAUAAGAAAAAAAAAAAAAAAAAAAGAGAAGACAACCUAAAGACUUUUGUCUUAAAUUCAACCUAAAGACUUCAAGAAAUAUUCCUAGCAUAUGCUAAUGAAAAUACAAUAAUCCAUUUGUUAUUUGCUUCUUAUUUAUCCUAAAUAAGCUCUCCUACCCCCCCCCCCAAAAAAAAAUGGUUAGGGUGGCAUAUAGAUGCUUGAGGAAAAAAUUAAUUAAAAAAAUUAAAACACGAGUUUAAUUUAGUUAAUUCAUACAAAUUUUUUAAACCCGUAAAUCACAACAUUUAUAAUCCAUUUAGUUCUACCUAAACUGAUUCAACAUAAAAACUUUAUUACCAAAAAUAAAUUUCAACAUAGAUCAUGGAUAUUUAUAUCAGAGGCGGGAAGUGUGAAGACGACAAACAUAAAAGAACAAAUGGAACCAAGAUUGGUACAACGAUAAUGGAUAGCUACGCCAUCACUUAUCCAAAAGAGAAACUAAAGAUUUGGGGGGAAUCGAGAUGGUCAAAAGGACCUUUGUGGGAAAGCAGCGAGAGUAGUGGAUGAUUGCGUCUAGAAUUGCUGCAAUGCGUGGGGCUAGUUUUGUCGUUCUUCAUAUUUCUUUCUUCAGAUUCUGCCGUCAUCCAACAUUAGCACCUGGAUACCAAUUGAUUCUAUUUGAACAAGCUUUAAAGUAGCUGCUGCCUUCUUUGAACCAGUCAUACUUGUAGGACUAUCGUUUUGUGUUUUUGCCUCUUUUUUCCCCCAUUUUAGAAAGUUGGGUUAGGUGGAACUCUUUCUUAGAGCCGAAGAAGCAUGCAUGUAUGUGUAUCCAUCGAUAAGUUGAAGUGCUCUAAUUGUAGAGGUCUAUUUAGAGAUGUUUAUGGACCGAUCGAAUUUAUAUAAAAUAUUUAUU